CUGGUUCUGCUGUCACCAUCGAUCGAUAGCGUCGCAGCUGCGCUUGCUUCGUGCAACCUGGGUUAGGUCGGUCUUGCCGACGACUGGUAUAUAACCUCCCUCGAUACCCCCCAACAUCGGUCUUCACCAACCUGCACCGAUCAGUCAUUUGUACUAGGCCAAAGUCUUAGGAUCAACAUUCCCAGCCUCCCAAAACAACAAACAUGAAGUGGUUGCUCGCUCUCGUCCCAUUCGUCGCCGCCGCCCCGGCUCUUCCCGGCAUCGAGCUCGGUGAGGCUCCUCCGGCAGGCCAGGUCACCAUCCGCGGUGUUACCUAUGGUGGAACUGGCUGCCCCGAGGGCACUGUCAGACACCAGAUCUCGUCUGACAGGACCAUUGUUACCAUCAUCUUCGACUCCUAUGUUGCCUCCGUCGGCCCCGGCGUCCCCAUCACCGACUCCCGCAAGAACUGCCAGCUGAACGUCGACAUCCAGUACCCCGGCGGUUUCCAGUACUCCAUUCUCAGCGCCGACUACCGUGGCUAUGCCUCCCUACAGAAGGGCGUCAGCGGCUCCCUCAAGUCGACCUACUACUUCUCUGGCCAGUCUACCCAGACCUCCACUCAGUACGACUUUGUCGGUCCCCUGACCGGCGAUUACCUCAAGCACGACGAGGCCGACAGCACCUCGGUCGUCUGGUCGCCAUGCGGCGCCCCGGGCAUGCUCAACAUCAACUCUCAGGUCCGCCUGACCUCGUCUAACCCCCAGGCCACCGGUCUGCUCACUACCGACUCCACCGACCUGAAGUUCACCCAAGUCGUGUAUGUACAGUGGCAGAAGUGCACAAAAUAAGCUGUCCGCCGUGACUGAUCGCGUGCGUCUAGUCCGCGGAAUAGUAUUAGCUACAUCCGCCUGGACGGUCGGGUGUGGAACAUUCCGGAGAUGUUGACGUGGAGGAAGUGCGAGCAUUGAGGUGGACGUGUUGUUUCUUUUGUGCUUUGUGGAUAACGU